UAUAUACGUUUAUAUUAUGUUGUUGUAAUUCCGUCAUCACAUUUAUAUACAAAGAUCUUUUCCGUCCUAUGUGCUUUCUUUUCAGUCAGAGUUGCUAUAAUCCUCGUGAACACAGCUACCGGCAUUUGUUUAAUCAAAACGGCUAUCGGCUUUUCGACAAACAUGAACGGUUUAUUUGCAAUCAGUUAAAAAUAUGUGUUAUUUCGAAAUAGAAAACCUCAAUUUAGGCACAAUCGUUGUUGGUGUUCCGGAAGGAAAUUUGUUUCCAAAAGCAUGGCUUUGUUUUCAAAAAUAGUUUAGUAAACUUCCCUUGGUGUAUUGUUUCCGAUAGUUUUAACUAGGAUUCAGCUCAGUAGCUUGUUGAAGUGGACUAGUUUUUUACAAUAAGUUGAAUAUUUCAAUUAUAAUGACGCCAAAAAGUGUGGGAAGUGAUUUAGUUGUGUUUACACUUAUUAUUAAUCAUAUUUUAUCGGGGAUAAGCGGUGCAGCCACAACUUCGAAAACCGACUUAGAAUGCGAGUUCCCGCCAAAACUAGAAGAGGAUCUGACUCACAUCCGGCGGAAGCGACUCACCACGGAGACCGGGCUGGUCUGCCUCGAGGACUACCCUUACACCGUGUCUGUCAGGCUACACAAUAAACAUUGGUGUGGAGGAGCUAUCGUACACAAACAAUGGAUCCUGAGUGCUGCCCAGUGCUUUGACUACGUAACAAAGCAGGAAGUGACGGUUCGCCUCGGCUCCGUGUUCCGAGACUUCGGGGGCCGGAUCCUGUCGGUGGUGGAGAUCGUGCGGCACCCCAACUACAGGCUCGACCAGUACUAUCCGGAGAACAACCUCGCGCUGAUCAAGCUGAACCUGCCGAUGGAGCCGAGCCCGCGCCUGCAGCCCGUGCGGCUGGCGCCGGGCGACGCGGACCGGGUGCCCGACUACGGGGAGCUCGUGGUCACGGGGUACGGGGCCGUGACGACAGGUCAGAUCCGUCACGGAGUGAACCAGGAGUUGCGACGCAUGAUGGCCCAGGAGGUAGACAAAGCAGAGUGUAGACAGCUGUACGGAGGCGACUACCAGCUGCAACACGACCACAUGUGUCUGAAGAGCGUGGUCAAAGGAAUCGCGUUGUGUGCGGGUGACAUUGGGGACCCGGCCGUCCACUUCAGCGGAGGAUCAAAGGGAGGGGAACUGUACGGCAUAGCCCUCUUUUCUGGCACAGAAGAAUGCGCUUACAAGUCCAAACCUGGAGUGUUUGCAAAGGUGUCCUACAGUAGGAAGUGGAUCAACAGCGUGAUCAAUGACUCCUCUGGAACUGCCAAAGACAGCUCUGAAUCCUGAAUAAAUAAUGAUUUUGAUGUUAUAAAAUUC